AGGACAUUGCCCAGCCUCCUCCAGGACUAUUGGCACCCUUCCCCUUAUUCUCACUCACUGCUAUGUGCCUUUGCUCAAUAUAAAUGCAAGCAUCAAGGAUAGACAUCUUCUCUCCACUAAGUGGCUACUAACAAUCUUCAGCAGCAGCUCAAUUGCCAGCAAAGUAAAUCAGCAUUGUAAAGGAACCGAGAACUUCUUGACUGCAGACAUGAGAUCUUCCCUAGCUCCUGCCAUCAGGCUCAUGCAGUCUGUAUCCAGAGACAGCUGGUAUCGGGGGUUUAUCGUUGUGAUGACCUUUUUGUUUUAUACAUGCUAUCACCUGUCAAGAAAACCAAUCAGUAUUAUAAAGGGACAACUACACAGGAACUGCUCAGCUCUCCCCAAUCCUCCAAAUAUUUCUGAAAAUGACACAACAUGGUGCAGCUGGGCUCCUUUCGAAAACUCAGAUUAUAAAGAGCUUCUUGGAUCUUUGGACACCGCCUUUUUAGUUUCUUAUGCAAUUGGAAUGUUUUUCAGUGGCAUAUUUGGAGAACGCCUGCCCCUGCGGUACUACCUCUCGGGAGGCAUGAUCAUUUGUGGAUUAUUCACUUGUUUCAUGGGACUUGGUUAUUACUGGAAUAUUCAUGCACUCUGGUAUUAUAUAUUGUUUCAGAUAUUGAAUGGUUUGGUACAAACAACAGGAUGGCCUUCAGUGGUUACUUGCAUGGGAAACUGGUUCGGAAAAGGGAAGAGAGGCUUUAUCAUGGGUAUCUGGAAUUCCCACACUGCUGUUGGCAAUAUACUGGGUUCAUUAAUUGCAGGUGCUUUUGUUUCAACUGCCUGGGGCCUGUCCUUCAUCGUGCCAGGAAUAAUAAUUGCUGUCUUUGGUAUCUUUUGCUUUUUCUUCCUUGUUGAAUAUCCAGAAGAUGUUGGCUGCACCCCUCCUCAACAGCCUGAAGAAGCAAAAGAUGACUUGGAAAAUAUACCUGUGUCAAAUAACAGUACAGAUACCAUUUUUAAGUCCACUGAAAGCAACGCUGAUGAUUCUGGGAACAGCCACGUAGAAGUUGAGCACCCAGAAGCUAUCAGUUUUUUUGGAGCUCUACGAAUACCUGGAGUCGUUGAAUUCUCUCUGUGUUUGCUCUUUGCCAAAUUGGUCAGUUACACUUUCCUUUACUGGCUACCUCUUUACAUUGCAAAUGAUGCCCACUUUGAUGCCAAAGCUGCUGGGGACCUCUCCACCCUGUUUGAUGUUGGGGGCAUAAUUGGUGGAAUUUUGGCUGGUGCCAUUUCAGAUUACACUGGUAAAAGUGCCAUAACAUGCACAAUAAUGCUUAUUUUGACAGCUCCAAUGUUGUUCAUUUACUAUCAUUUUGGGCAGGCAGGAGUAUCCACUACCAUUGCAAUGCUGAUUGUAUGUGGCAUAUUGGUUAAUGGCCCAUAUUCACUUAUCACCACGGCUGUGUCUGCAGAUCUGGGUACACAUGAAUCACUUCAGGGUAAUGCCAAAGCUUUGUCAACAGUCACUGCAAUUAUUGAUGGUUCAGGAUCAAUAGGUGCUGCUCUAGGACCUUCACUUGCAGGUGUUCUCUCCUCCAGAGGGUGGGACUAUGUUUUCUACAUGUUAAUAGCGGCUGAUAUAUGUGCCUGUUUGUUGCUAGCUCGUCUGGUAUACAAGGAAAUAAAGACGCUAUGCGGAGGAGUGAGAAAAAGCAAUAGUCUGACAUUAACCCAAAGUAAUUCUCGGGAGUAGUUAUGAUUACCAAUGUUUUCUACACUGAAAUUUGAUUUUACCUGCAAGAGGAGCCUGGAUCAAUUUCAAUACUUUGCUGGCAGGAUCAGCCAGCAUGCUGCUAUUUUUAAGACUGAAGACUUUUAAAUGAUCUAACAGAUAGAAUAAUUGUAUUAGGGCUAUUGUAAAAUAGGCAUUUUGAUCAUCACUACUCGGUAGCAUCAGUCAAAACUUUGGGGAUUACUGCAGGUCAUGUCCCCUCAACAGCAAUCAGAAGGUGCAACACAUCACGCCUUAGCCAGAAAUGCACCAUACAAUUUGUGCAAUAAUCUCGGGUUGGGUUGUGGAUCUACUAGUAACCUGCAAACAGCUUCUCACAAUCUAAGGCCCACUGUUUGGAGUAGCAGCCUUCAAGCCUAGUGUCCCAUAACCCUUUGGUAAUUUAAGGGUUAGUCAUAAUUUUACAAAUUUUAUAUACAGAAUUCUACAGUUGUACAUAAAUAAACAAAUUCUUUGCAAUCAG